AAAAUAUUAGAGGGUAAGUUCUGUUAUUUAAAGGAACAUAAAUUAGGUCUAUAAGAAGCACUUUAAAUGAGCAAAAACCCUAGCCACAUUUUGUUUCCCGUCUCCUCUCUCGUUCAACCGGCGCCGCUCGUCUUCAAGGAAAGGUUUGAGAGAAAAUGAGUCGUGGAGGUGCAGCCGUUGCCAAGGGAAAGAAGAAGGGAGUGUCCUUCUCCAUUGAUUGCUCCAAGCCUGUCGAUGACAAGAUCAUGGAGAUUGCUUCCCUCGAGAAGUUCCUUCAGGAGAGGAUCAAAGUCGGUGGGAAAGCCGGUGCUCUCGGUGAUUCCGUCACAAUCACACGUGAGAAGAACAAGAUCACUGUCACCUCUGAUGGUCAAUUCUCCAAGAGGUAUUUGAAGUACUUGACGAAGAAGUACUUGAAGAAGCACAACGUGAGGGAUUGGCUUAGAGUGAUUGCGGCCAACAAGGACCGUAACCUCUAUGAGUUGAGGUACUUCAACAUUGCUGAGAACGAGGGAGAGGAAGAAGACUAGAAGAGCUCUACUCUUGUUUCCUGUUUCUUCCGUUGUUUUGGUUUCUGCUUUUUGCUGCUAUCAAUACAAUUUAUCUUGGUUCUUUUUUUUGUGAGAGAUCUUAUCUAGUUUUGGUUGAAGUUAAUUAUCAUUUCAGACAGUUGUUUAAGAAGAUUAUUUUGGUAAUUAUCUUAUGGUUGAAGAA